GCUACUUAGAGCAUAAAUAGACUGAAAUUCUCUUCAUGCGUGGCUUGUUCAAUCAGCUUAUAAUCCACGAAAAACAAGUUCCAAAUAUGUUGAUCUUUACCAAGUGGCCGUAUCUUCUCUGUUUCGUUUUGUGGAGUUGCUUUGGACUCCUUACAUGUACUUCUGAUAAUCCUCCACUGGAUCCUGACGAACUGAAAACUCUCCAGCAAGUUGCCGCUACAAUGGAGGCCGCCGGAUCUGACUUGAAGUUUGAAAGCAACAAUACUUGUGACUUCAAGAGACCCGAGACGAACAGCACCAUUGAGUGUACCUGCCUCGACACUUACUGCCAUAUCACGGUGUUAUCUCUGAAAGGCUUUAGUCUAAAAGGCAGGAUUCCAAGCGAAAUUGCCAACCUCAAACAUCUUGGAAAGCUUGAUCUGACCCGCAACAACCUUUAUGGCUCGCUUCCAACAGAGUGGACUAGAUUGAAAAACUUGAGUUACAUUUCUCUUACUGCCAAUCUCUUAUCGGGAGAAAUUCCAAAGGAGUGGGGAAACUUCACUAAUCUCGCUUACUUAAGCCUAGAAGCCAAUAAUUUCUCUGGUACUGUCCCUGAAGAGCUUGGGAAAUUGGUCAACCUAACAGAUUUGAUACUCUCCUCCAAUAAAUUUGUGGGAUCGUUGCCGAAGACACUUGUUAACCUGAAGAAGUUGAAGAAUCUGAGGAUAAAUGAUAAUAAUUUUGAAGGUAGUAUACCAGAAUUUAUUGGAAAAUUGACUGAGCUCGGAAGAUUGGAAAUGACUGCAACCGGAAUGAAGGGACCGAUCCCUGCUGACAUCUUUCUCAAUUUACCAAAGUUAAAGGAUGUGAGGAUAACUGAUAUGGAGGGAGUGAAUGCUUUUCCUACAUUUAACAACACUAAGAAAAUAGAACACUUGAUUUUGAGAAACUUGAAUUUAUCUGGACCAAUCCCAUUUGAUAUCUGGCAAAAGGACACCGAUGAUGACAAAGAUGAUGAUCGUGAGAUGCUAGACUUGAGUUUCAAUAAUCUCGAAGGAGAACUACCUGACAAUGUAACCACCCCACUGAAAUUUACAUUUUUGGGUGGCAACAAGCUAAGUGGAAGUAUACCAGACUUAUUCCUCGUUUAUGGUGACAAAUAUUUUGUUGAUCUUUCCUACAACAAUUUUAACUGGUCAACUGACAACUGUUAUAAGCAGAGUAGAUAUGGGUCUGUAAACACAUAUCAAAGUUCCUCAAUAUAUAUAUAUCAUUCUCCUUAUUUUGUGCGUUUGCUAUUCUUGAUGUUAAACGACAGAAAAGUACUUCCAUGCUCAGAUAGACCGACCAAUUGUUCAAAAUAUCGUCAAUCGCUUCACAUUAACUGUGGCGGGGGCAAUGAAACCAUUAAAACUGGCAGUGGUAGGCUUUUAUAUGAAGGUGACAACGUCAAUGAUAAAGACACUGCUGCAAUGGACUUCAUUCAAACAUACUGGGGAUUUAGCAACACAGGAGAGUCCAUGGACAACGAUAUGGAAGGAGACGAUCAAUAUCGUUUCAAAAGCAGUAUUGAGUAUAAAGGGGAUUUUGGACCCUUGUACUCUACAGCUAGAAGAUCUCCCCAGUCUCUCACCUACUACGGAUUUUGCCUACAAAAUGGAGUUUACAAAGUGUCACUUCAUUUUGCAGAGAUUAUAUACACAGUCACGGAUGACACUGAAUAUAACAGCCAUGCGAGACGCGUAUUCGACGUAUAUAUUUAGGGAAAGAGAGAGAUAAAAGAUUUCAAUAUAAAUGAUAAAGCCAAUAGGACUGGUGAACCUGUUGUAAAAACCUUUAGUAAUGUGAAUGUGACGGACCACACCCUUGAGAUCCGCUUGUAUUGGGCCGGGAAAGGAACUACGUGCAUUCCUAAAAGGGGACAUUAUGGUCCUCUUAUAUCUGCUAUUUCUGUGUGUCACAGUUCCAAAGAUCAUUGUGAAGUACCUGAAGCAAAAAGUAGAGCAUCUAUUGUGAUAGGUGUUGUGACUUCAGUCGUAUGCUUAAUCUUCUUCCUCGUCGGUCUAAUCACUUGGAGAAAUUAUUAUCUGCACAAAUAUAGAAGAGAAAGAUCAGACCUUACUGGGCUAGAGCUAAUAAAGGGUUCCUUCACUUUGAGGAAACUAAGAGCUGCCACUAACAAUUUUGAUCCUGAAAACAAGAUUGGAGAAGGUGGUUUUGGAAUUGUUUACAAGGGCAAAUUAGUAGAUGGUACAGUUAUUGCAGUGAAGCAACUGUCUUCGAGAUCGAAGCAAGGAAAUCGUGAAUUCGUGACUGAGAUAGGCAUGAUAUCCGGUUUAGAACAUCCUAAUCUUGUGAAGCUUUACGGAUGUUGUAUCGAAGGAAACCAAUUACUGCUGGUAUACGAGUACAUGGAAAACAAUUCCCUCGGCCAUGCUCUUUUUGGAACAAGUGGUCUGAAACUGGAUUGGACAACAAGGCUCAACAUUUGUGUUGGAAUAGCCAAAGGUAUUUGCUUUCUUCAUGAAGGGUCGGUUCUCAAGAUUGUUCAUAGAGACAUCAAGGCCACAAAUGUGCUGCUUGAUAGGGAUCUUAAUCCUAAGAUAUCGGACUUCGGUUUGGCUAAACUUCACGAAGAGGAAAACACGCAUAUUAGCACUCGCGUUGCUGGAACUAUAGGAUAUAUGGCUCCAGAGUACGCACUAUGGGGUUAUCUCACCGAAAAAGCAGAUGUAUACAGCUUUGGAGUGGUCGCAUUAGAAAUUGUUAGUGGGAAAUGCAAUACAAGCUACAGACCUCAAAAUAAUUGUGUUUGCCUUCUUGAUUAUGCUUUUGUUUUGCAAAAGAAAGGAGACUUGUUGCAGAUAAUGGACGAAAAAUUGGGAAGUGAAUUCAACGAGGAAGAGGCCAAAAGAAUAAUCAAAAUUGCCCUUUUGUGCACAAAUGCCUCUCCAGCGCUAAGGCCUACGAUGUCGGAAGUGGUCAGCAUGCUCGAAGGAAAUACCGUAGUUAAGGAACUGAUCUCGGAUCCUGGAAUUUAUGGUGAUGAGUAUGGAAAUGAUUUGAGAUUUAAACCACUCAAAGCUUACCACCAACAAGUUCAGAAGAAGAACAAUGAAGCAGAAAAACAGGGCAAAAAUUCUAAUUCGGACGCAUUACAAACCGAACCUUCCACAAGUACUUCUGCACAUGAUCUCUACCCUAUAAAUCCUGAAUCCUUGACCAUUUCAGGCCAAGAUCUCUACCAGAUCAAUACGGAAUCCGUGACCAUAAGUGACAGUUCUACUUUCAUGUCACAUCAUAGUUCUUGAACUCCAUACUAAGAUCCGCAGAAGAGCAAAUGGCUGCAUUAAUCUUAAUACAUCUUUCUUUCUUUAUUAUUUAAAGAAUUAACUUAAGUGUUGCACAAUAAACGAACCGAAGAUAUACACAUGUGAUAGGAUACUAAACAUUUUUUUUUUUUUUUUUUUUUCUGAAAAUGGAUACUAAAUAUUCUUCGUUAGGCUCCAUAUACGGUGACCAAACAUUUAUUUGUCCGACUGUACUGUAGAACGUUUUGUCAUAAUUAAAGCUUUCAUUUAUAAGACGUUGAUCUGUUACUUUUC